AUGUCAUCCCCAACUUCGAGCGAUGCCGACUAUGUUCGGCAAACGCUCAUGAAGCUCUCGGUAGCCGUUCGCGAGCUGACUCCAGCCGGGGCGAAGCAAGUUCCGCAAAGCCCCGACCGCUUUAAUCUAUUGGCGCGUCCUACAUACGGCGGCUGUCGUGUCUGUGGUCUUCCCGGCCACCAGUCCAUCGACGUCCACCAUUCGGCAUCGUGUCGCGUUGCUCUUCUCUCGCUCAUCGGCUUCUGGGAGGAUAUCGCGGAUCAUGUCGCUUUCCUCUAUCAGUACUCCGAGCGGUUUCAGAAAGCCAUCCAAACGAACGAGCCAACGUAUGUAAUGCGUCUUGACACCCGACCGCUGAAGGGUGGUGACAUGGAGGUCGUCAUUGUAGAUCGCCUCACAGGGAACUUCCUGAAGUUUAUGGCGCAUAUUCGGGGCAUCAGAGCCAAGGUCAACGUGAUUCUCAAUGAAGAUGACUUGGCUAGAUAUGAGCGAGUGGCGAAGAAUCUGGAGGGGUUCUUCUUGGACGGGUUGACUCGUAAGUUCUUUCCAAAACCGCAUGGAAUAGCCUGA